UUCGGUAACGGAAGCGUCUGGAGUGUAAGCAGUGACGUGACCUGCACUGCUACGCUUGGCCUGCUUCCUUCUUCCCCGCCUCCUCCCCCAACACAUACACUCCUCCCCACUCUCCGGCCAACAUGUGGGGAGCGAGCUCGGGGUGGGCGGCAGAUGCGUUAAGCAGUGUUGAGGAGCAGUGCACCAUGGACUCUAGUGUCUUAUUUUUUUUGUAACAUCUCAACAUCCGGUAUGAUCUAUUUAUGCCUGGAAAUGUUUCAAAGAACAUCUGAAGACCUUUUUCCGAAGAUGGAAAGUUCAGUUGAAGAGAUGGAUACCUCUGAUACUCAGUGGGGCUGGUUUUAUUUGGCUGAGUGUGGUAAAUGGCAUAUGUUUCAGACUGAUUCAAAUAGUCAUUGCUCAGUUAGCAGUGAAGAUAUUGAAAGGAGCUUCAGAACAAACCCAUAUGGUUCUGUUUCUUUUACUACUGCAAAAUUUAACUACACACUAGACUUUUCAGAGAUGAAACAAACCAACCUAACUACCCUUAAACAACGUCCAAUAAAGCGAGCUCCCUUUUCUAUCAGUGCUUUCAGUUUCAUCUGUGAAAAUGAGUCCAUCCCUAUGCCUUCACACUGGGAGAACGUAAAUCCUGAGGAGCCGUAUCAGCUUAUUCCUUUGCAAAAGAAAACAAAUGAAUACAAUGAAGUUUCUAAUCUCUUUGGAAAAACAAUGGAUAGCCACCGAAUAAAAAGAAUAAAGAGAAUACAAAAUCUAGACUUGUGGGAGUUUUUUUGCAGGAAGAAAGCCCAGCUGAAGAAGAAGAGAGGUGUGACAACUAUUAAUGAGCAGAUGUUAUUUCAUGGCACCAGUAAUGAAUUUGUAGAAGCAAUAUGUAUUCAUAACUUUGACUGGAGAAUAAAUGGGAUGCAUGCUGCUGUAUAUGGAAAAGGGACCUACUUUGCAAGAGAUGCAUCAUAUUCCAGUCGUUUCUGCAAAGAGGAUAUGAAGCAUGGAGAUACUUUCCAAAUUCAUGGUGUGAAUCUGCAGCCUCAUCUGCACAAACCAGAUAAAGUCAUGUUUCUUGCUCGUGUAUUAACUGGCGACUAUAUCAAUGGUGAUUCAAAAUACAUGAGGCCUCCUUCAAGAGAUGGAAGUUUUGUGAACUUGUAUGACAGCUGUGUGGAUAAUACUUGGAAUCCAAAGAUAUUUGUUAUCUUUGACGCCAACCAAAUCUAUCCUGAGUACUUAAUAGAAUUCUGUUAAGUUUAAUGAAGCUGAACUGAAUAUUUGUGUCUUUUUGGUACUUUUUUCCUUUCACAAAAACAACAGCAUGAAAGCCCAAACUGUGAAAGGACAGAGGUGAAAGAAAAGCUAGCAUACGUUUAUGAAGCUGUUAAACAUUUAAGAGAGAUUGUCCAUCUGCUUUUAAAAAUUUGUAAACAAACUUCACUAAUGCCUUUUUACAAUGUAAGGGAGUAUUACGAGUCUGAAAUUGCUUAGUGAAUGCAUUAGUAAGUUUUUGUUCAAAGACGAGACUUAUGUUCUGAGUUCUUGAAAAUAUGCUGCAAGUAGUUAUUUGUGUGAUAAUAAUAUGCUUGUAAUACUGUAGCUCUGUGAUUAAACAAACCUUUUAUAAAGAUUGUUUGUAGGACUUAAAUCCAAACCUUCUCCUAUAUGUAUGUAUGUGUGUUUUGUAGUGCACAUUUCAAGAUGUACAGGACCUAAUGAUCAACAAAGCUGCUACAUUUAGCUUGAAGGUAAGCUUCAGUUAUAUCCUUGCUUGGUUACAAAACUCUUUCAUUACAAUUUCGAGUUUGCUUUUGACAAAAAUGAUGCCGUAGGGCUCUUGUGGUUUGUAGCUGUUCAGUGCUGGGAUGUCAUCACAGCCAUAUACCUUUCUGAGUUCUUGCUCUGCAUUUUUGCCAUGUCAUUGUAGUAUGUAUGUGCAUGCACGUAUUUGCAUGCAGAUUACAUAAUCUUGUCUGAUCACUGUUUAAGAAGCACUCAGUGCUGGUUUACUUGCUGUUACCAAAGAUGGCAUAGGUUAACUUCACUGCGAAUAACACAAAGUUAAACCAACAACAGAACUUUUCAAAAGAUGUCAUUCUUUCAUUUUUUAACACCUCAAUAAAAAAGGUUUUAAUAACAUAUGUUUAGAUAGGUUUUCCUAAUUUGUGUAGUUGUAAAAUUAAGGAGUGUUUUUGACAAAAAGAACAGAAGAAACUAUAAGCAGCAUAUGUAAGUAUCCAAACACAUGAAUAAGAGCUUGAAGAAGGGAGCUGUAACUAUGAUAUGUACUGAAAUCUUAGCUGAUUUGCCAUAAAAUUGCAUUCCUAGUGAUUUUAUUUGCUAAGAGACAUAAUGAGGAACACUAUGAACAUAAUGAAACAUAAAAACGAAUUCGUUAAGCCUUCCAUGCUUCUUCAAGCUUGCCUUUGGCUAUGUAACAAAUCCUUACAGACAGCAUUAAGGCAGGUAGGGACUAAUCUUCAUUGGUUUAUCAUGGAAUUGUUAACAGACUUCUUGGAACAAUGGCUGUAUUUAAAAUUCACUACGUAUCUGGCUUCCUAACUGUCUCUGAUGUCUUGUCCUUUUCCCUUCUGUUGUUAUCUUUAGCUGUCAACGGAACUUGCGCAAAUUGGAUGCCUGUUUAAAUUUAUAACUUUAUAGAAGGUUUUCCAUUUGAGAUAAAGAUGCAUAUUUUUUUCUUUAUCUUAGAUGAAUAUUUGAUCUCUGAUUCCAGCUGAGAACUGCAGGUCCUACAGUUGAAGCAUGGUUCAUGUUUGAUUCAUAAAUAUGCUAGCUGUGCACACUGUUUCCCACGCUGUGUAAAAUAGCACAUCAUAUAGUUUUUAGUUACAUUUGUUACAUUGAAUUUCAUUCUUAACCAGUAGUCUAUGGCAUACGUCCUUCAUGAAACUAACAGAAACUCAUGCUGUUGUCACUUUGAUUUGUUCUUUUAUUUCUUCUGAAGUUUGUACUGAUCUUUAACUAAGAAGCAAAGCUUUUUUUGUUGUCUUGCUUUAUUUUGUUGUUGUUUUUUUUUAAGGGUCUCAUAGUCACAAAAUAUCAGCUGAUCAACUGAAGUAUCUUUUCCAAUAGUUCGUAUUCUGUUCUCUUGUUUACUACUUAAUUAAAUCAAAUGGCAGAAUCUUUAUCUUACCAAAUCACUGCACAAUUGUAGUUUCAGCUCUUAUUGAAUGUACAUUCUGAUUACCAGUGAUUAUCUUUGUGCUGAUGAAUGUUGAUACUUAAACUAUGUCUUCCUCUUGCUGGCAAGGGGAGAGAGAUAAGUGCAAGUAAAAUCCAGAAAGGUAAUGGUAACCAGUACAAGAAGUAGUUGGGCUUAAUAAAAGGAACAUUGAAAGAGGAAGAACAUUUUUUUUUUUUUUUUUUUUUUGGACUAAGGAGUGUUAAAUAAAUGAAAAGAGAUUUGGUGUGAUUAUGGGAAACAAAAGUUGCUAUUGUCAAUUACUGUUACAUGUUGUCAAAUUUUUCUUCCAUUUUCUUUUAACACCUUUGUAAAAGAGCAUGCUCUUCUCUCAUGUGUCUUACUUGAGGUAAAAUUUUCUUAUUCAGUUAGUUUUACUGCAGAAUGUUUUCACAUAGGCUUAAUAUUUUUUAAGAUGAUCUCAUCUCUGUAUCAUAUCAAAUUUCAUCUUUCGGCUUUGCUUUUUAGAAAACUUGUGUGUCCAGUUAUGCUGAAAUAUUUCAUUUCAUUCAAAGCAUUUUGGUGUCAGUAUUCAUUCUAGUUCAUUUAUAGUGACAGUUUUUACAAACUUUUGUAUUCAAGUGAAAAUUUGCAAAACCAAAAGAUUUUAGCUUUAUUUUUGUAUAGAAACUGUCCUCAUACCCAGUGCCUCGCUAUGCACUGACUUCAAAGCUAUAUUUGAGAUACAUAAUUUACUAGCUAGAAUUAGUAACUUAAAUUCCAGAUUAUGCUAAGUGCCAGUACAGCUGGUGGUUUGAAGACAGUACUGAUGCUUGUUCAAACAUAUCAGCAAAUGAGAGGAAACAGGAAAGCUAGAGGGAACUUAUGCAAUCUGCAUAGUUGGCAAUUAUUUUCAGGAAGGAGACUUAUCAGUUACUGAUGUGCUUUGAAUUGGCUACCUAUGCCUAAUGAGCAUGUGUCAGACUUAAAAUUCCUUUUCUCAGUAUGUGCACCAUUGCUGUAAUUGUGAUUACUAUUAGGUACUGUACAAAAUAGUGUACUCCCUCAAAUUAGGUCUAAUCUAUUAUACUUUACUGCUAAAAGAGAGGAAAAAAAUGUGGGGACUGAGAUAGAAUAUUCUGUAACAGACUUGUAUUUCUCCCAUACUUUUCUUGCUUCUCUCAAGUGACACAAUUUUGGGUUAGUGUGGCAAUUCAGAGGCUUGAUCUUUGAGCAGCCAAAAUAAGAUAUUUUUUUUUUUGCAUGAUUGCAUUUCUUUUGCCAUUGUUUAACAAAGACAGAAUCUGCUUACAUUGCUCAAAAAUUCAGUUACAUAAUUUCUGUCAUUUAUACAGUAGAAAAACUUAUGUCAUCAAGGUACGCUAGACAUCAAAUUUUUUUUUUGCAAAAAAAAUGAAAGCCAUAUUGCAUUGCAAAUAGUGUGGUCACAGGGGUGGUAUUCUUGUGGGUUUUCAGGGCAAGUUUUCCUUUUUCCAGGCUUAGUUCUUGAGAAUGUUACUCAAACCCUUCCUCAUUCCUUUAACUGAUGUCAAUGUACCCAGUCACAGCAGUAGCUGGCACCACAGGCUAGGGAUGCCUACACUCCCAGUCUGACUCAAGUAGCUAGCACUCAGUCCACUCAUAUGGACCCCAGUAGCUGACACUCUGGUUUUGUUGAUCUCUUUCACAUCCACAACUUAUGGCUCCUCCAGCUACUAAUUCUAGGACCCUUGCUCAGUCCAGUAGUUGUCACCAGAGGCCAGACUACUCCCCUAGUCUGAUACCUAUACCUGAAGUCACUUGCACACAUACAGGUCUUACUGGUACCUGGCACAUAGUCCUUGUGGCACACACACACACAGCAUAGAAGGUGAGAUUAUGCAGGAAAGAUUUCAGGAAAUCAAGGAAAGAUUUAAUAAGAAGAUAUGAUGAUAUGUGAUGAUGAGUCAAAGGUCUGACUAGAAUACUGAUCAGCUCUGUUUCAUACAUUGUCAGCCCCUUUUAUCCUCUCUUCCUUUAAAUUGCCUUUAUUCUUUCAACUUACCAGUGGAAAAUGCAGGCUGAUCUUCCUUUAAGUGGUGCUUGUAGUUUCUUGAUAGCCCAUCAGUUUGCAUGAUUAACAAGUUUUUUUUUCUUGUCAUUGUCUCCACAUUUGCUUUGCUAGGUCUGUAUCUCUGUAUACUUUGUUUCUGGUUUCCCCAUUUUUCCUUUAGUUUUCUAACUGACAGGAUCAGAUAACCUUACUGGAACAAACAUUCUAACACUUGUACAUGCCCUUGUCCGUCAUACUGAUAAAGUUUGUUCUCAUCACUGCUUCCCUUACCAUGUCAGCCAGGAUGGUAUUCCUGUAUGUUCUUGUUUGCUUGUGGCUUCUUCUCUACCGUAUUACCUUACACCCUUUUGUACUGGAAAAGCUCCUUGACCAGAUAUGCUUAAAGGCAUGGGCACUCUGCUUCUACAUGCCCUUACAGAUAAUUGUGCCACAUAAUUUCUUAGUUGGAGAGGUCAGAUUUUGUUAUUAUGGUAAGAAGGCACAUAGUAAGUAUAUUUUCACCCAGUUUUCAUCCUGAUUCCUGAACAAGAGACAGCUGAGAUGAACACAAAGAUAGAUAGCUUGCAAUUUCUUUUGAAAGGAUAUUUUAGUUUUAUAGAGCCUGCUUGGAUGUAUGGAAAUAGGAUACUAUUUUGUGUGUGGUGGAAUAAACAAGAAAGAAUAUGCACUACAAUGAAGAGAGAGUGUACAUUGGGAAAAGGAUUAUCUGAUGCAGUAUUCAAAGAAAAUAAACUUAGCUUAUUCAGA